UAGCGACGCCAGGUGAGAAGACAACAACGACCUCAACGUCAACCAGGCGAGCCUCAACGCCGCCUGCCCCUCACCACCGUCAUCAUGCUCAAACGCGCCUCCCUCUCCCUCUCGCCCAUAGCACGCAUGGCGGAUACCUCGUCGCUCGACACCUCGCCACCGCGCAAGCGCAAGCGGCACACGCGCAAGACGUCGGGCUGCCGCGAGUGCAGACGCCAGCAUAUCCGCUGUGCGGAGGGCGCGACGCUCCCCUCCGGCCAGAGGACAAGCUGCAAGCGGUGCUGGCAGACCGACCAGGCCUGCUUCUACCCCGCGAACGGGCGCGUGCGCAAGGGCGAGCUCAAGGACGAGACUUGGGAGCAGGCCGCCGACGUCGAGACCUGGAUCCCUCCCGCCGAGGAGGGGGACAAGGGAACGCCGAGCCCCGAGACUUUGGGGGUGCGCAUCGACCUCACCCCCAUGGACGGUAGUGUCGCGCCGCUUCCUCCUGUCUCCUUGCCGCCGCUGCUGCACCGCGGCUCGGCGGACAGCCUCGAUAUCCCUCUCAUGCCUAUGACGCUGCCGGUCAUGCCAGUCGACGGGGAUCCGGGUACGGGCAGCAGCUACCUCUCAUGCACGACGUGCGACUCGUCUGGCCUGAGCGACUCGACAAUCAACAUCCCCCUCCAAGUUCCAACCAACACGAUCAACCUCCCCUCCGGCCUUGGCGCCGUGCCCCAGUCGCCGCUCUCCAACGCACUGACACUGCACGGCCUCUCACCGUGGUCUGUGUCCGCAUCCAAUAUCCUUCACCUCCUCGGCGGGGAGGACGGCGACGACACCGACGCCGACCAGGAGAAGAAGGGCGCCUCGGUACGCGUUAUCGACGCCGUCGCCGACGCCAACCAGGACAUGACGGCCUGGCUCCCCAAGGACGUGUGGAGCAGCAUCAUCUCGCCCGCGCCGACGAAGUCCCUGUCCCUCUUCUCGCUGGCCAGUCUGUCCGCCUCGCCCGUCGACCGCACCGUGGUGUCGUACUUCGAGCUGCAGGGCCACAACGACAUUGUGGCCGUCGCGUCGUCGCGCCAGAACUGGAUCUUCACCCAGCUCUUUCCGCGCCUCUUCGCCAUCCUCUUCGCGCCCGAAGACCGCAGUGCGCCACCCAUCACCGGCGUCAUCCGCGACUGGCUGCAGGGGUGCCUCCUCCACCUCGCGUACGUGCACCGCGGUAACGUCGAAAAGGACCCCCCGAAGAGCUGGUACUGGCGCUCAGAGGCCGCCAAGUACCGCCAGGCAGCGAGCUAUGCCCUACUGAGGGCCAAGGUGACGUCGUCCAACGGCGAAUGGAAGACCGAGGAGUAUCUCAUGGGCUUCUUCGUGCGAUGCAUGGCCGACAUGCUCGACUCGGGCCAGCUGCAGGUCGAUCGUACGACCGCGUUCGAGCUGCCCGACGACACCAGCUCGCCAAUGUAUCCGAGCCUGCGCGAUCUAAUCACGGUCUACUCGACACUACAGUACUCAUGCACCGCGUUCGACACGCGUACGGGGUUUAGCGCGGCGCCACCGUUCCAGCUGCGUGACGACGGGCCGGUGUGGGUGGAGAAGUUCUUCGGGUGCUCGCGUACCAUGAUCCGCCUGCUCGGGCGCGCGAGCGGCAUGGUCGCGCAGCGCGCCGCCCUGCUCCACAAGGGCCGCGAGGGGUCAGGCCCCGCCCUCCUCCUCCGCGCUGAGGCGGAAAAGCUCGUCGGCGAGCUCGGCGACAGCUGGGACUGGGACGAGAGCACGCUCGAUGUCGGGCGGAGCGACCGCGUCCAGCGGGGCAGCGAGGUCAUGCGGUAUGCCCUCCGCACGAUGCUCCUCUGCGAGGUGCUCAACGUCGAUCUCUCCGACCCGCGCAUCACGUCGGGCUGCGCCAAGGCGAUCGAGAUUGUCGCCGACUGCGAGCCGUCCAACAUGCCAGGCUUCCAAUGGGCCUUGACAAUAAUCGCCAUUUACACGCGCGACCCCGACGUGCGCGAACGCAUCGCGUCGCUCAUGACGAUGACCCUCGCCAUCUCCUUUGGGCCAAACUACCGCGGUACAAAAGAGAUCCUCGCGCUGUGCUGGGAGGUGCUGGACACACAGGGCAAGUAUGAGAAUGGCAUUGCGCCGUGGCGCGAGGCGAUGAAUGCUCUGGGACGCAACCUGUGGAUCUAGUCAGUUGUAGAGUUGUAAUGCUGGUUGUAUAUAUACUUGUG